AUGGCUUCCAUGACCAACAGCGACCUCAACGACCUGGAGAGUCUCUUCGAGUUCGGCGACCUAGAUCUACAACCCAUACCCGACGUAAGCACUGGGCAGUAUGGCGACCACAUGGCCCCGCCACAGAACCUAUCCCACCCUUCAACGCCAUUCGCCGAUAUCAGUUCGAUAGCACCACCACCGGGCACGUCGGCGCAGGACUUUGGAGGGCAAGAGCAGUAUGGGAUGCAGCAGGACAUGGAUCAGCAGCAAGCGCAAUUCCUGUCGCGGGCUGGCAGCACAGUACCCGUGUCACAUCCUUUCACAACCCAGUCCAUGUACCAGCCAUCUCUACAACAGCAGUACCACAUGCAACCACCACAAUAUGCAUACACACAACCCCAGGUCUUCCCAGGCGGCCAUGUCCCACCUACGCCGAAUAGCUUCGACAUGCAUGGAGAGGCAGGCCGAUUUAUGCAACAACAAAUCGAUGCGCAGCAACGUGCUAUGCUCGAACAACAGCGCUACCAAUUACGAAAGGACGACGCGAUAGCGUUCACGCCGAUGGUAUCGCCGGCUGGGACACCACAGUACCACGUGCAACCAGAAUUCGCCGUUCCUGGAGCAUACUUUUCACCCCUUACUUCGCCAAUGCUGCACGCCCAAAAUGUGCCCCAGCAGCAAGCACACCACCAAGGAUACUACACCAAUCCUAGUACUGCGCCUAGCUCGAAUGCAGCCUCUCCUAUCGAUCCGAGCGCGGAUGUUGAUAUGAUGGGGGACAUCAUGACGUUGCCGGAGUCUGCGACGUCGAAGCUUAAGAAGCCGAGGAGGAAAGUGGCGACGCCGAGAAGUAUUGCGACGAACUCGAGAUUGCGACAGAGUCCUGCGACGAAGCCGCAGAAGCGAAAAUCUGGAACUAUGUUAUCUUCUGUGGUGCCGGCAUCGGAAUUAGACACAAUCAUGGCCGAGAGUCAAAGAUCGGCAAAGUCACAGCCGAGUUCAGCGGGUCUCCAAAUGCCAUCAGUUUUCAAUGGCAGCUCGGAGGAUGGCAGUAUCAGCCCGGAGCCGCUCAGCGAGUCGCUUAUGGGCCCGCCCCCUAGGCCUGGCUCGAGUGUUACACAAUCACCGGCCUUGUCUGCACAACAGCAAGAAGCCAAGGCUGCGGCCGCUGGUGCUGCAGCUACACCCAAAUCACUCCUCUCCGGCAAUGCGGCGAACCAGCAGAUUAAUGGCAGCGCUUCGACUGUGCAGAACAAUGGCGAAGCCGCUGGACUGGAUGAUCUGCAGCUUCCAGAGGCCGCAUCUGGCCAAGCUUCUCAGCGACCAGCGCUUACUCAGAUAGACACGCAGCUUGUGCCUGAGACUAUGGAGGACCAAACACCACGUAUCACAGCACGCAAGACGCCGAAACUUGGCCCGCUGAGCACGCCAUCCUCGGCCCGACCAUUGUCUGCUGUGGCAAGUCCGUCCGGGAUGAUGUCGCCUAUGUCCGCCACUACGCCCGGCGGACUGCUGAAGGAUAAGAAAGGAGACGCCAAGGGUGUCAGAAGUAACAAGAAGCGAGGCAGUGUCAGUACGAUUGGUGCAGGUUUACCUUCGCCUGCUUUACGGCCACGGAUAAGUCCGAGCAUCAAGCCUUUACUCCCGGAAGGCACUGCUCUGCACUCCCCAACCCACGCACUCCUUUUGGCUUCAAAGUCCAACUAUCAGAACAUCCUUGAAGGCAACCACCUCCCAGGAAUCUCAUACCCCGACUCCCUAUCUUCCGGCCUGACCUCCAAACGCACCUCACACAAAGUAGCCGAGCAAGGCCGUCGAAACCGCAUCAACGACGCAUUGAAAGAAAUGCAAGCCCUUGUGCCGCGAGAAUACCUUCUAGGCAGCAAGAAAGGCGGCAGCAACUCGGAAGACAGUCCCGAGGCGAUAUGCGCUGCUGACCUGGAGAUUAAAGAUGGCAAGGACGAUGCGAAGAGCCAUAGUAGUAAGGCUUCGACGGUCGAGUCGGCUAAUGUGUAUAUCCGGAAUAUGCAGAAGAAGCAAGCAGAGGAAGCGGCGGAGAAUGACCUGCUGAGACAACGACUCGAGGAGUUAGAGAGGCGGCUGGGGAAUGAAGGUGGGAGUGGCGUUGACGGUACUGCUGCUGCUGUGGGCAGCGCGAAGGAUAGUGCAAGUCCCGACGACGUCAAGGCCUAG